UUCAUUUAAAAGGGAUUUAAGCAAAGGAGAGAGAUAAAAACACGCAGAGCACACACCAAGCCUCGACCACCAUUUUUGUUCCUUCUUCUCCUUCACUCACUUCCCCCAAAUUCCCCCAACCUCAUUAAACUCCAACCCUAAUUCCUCAAAUUAACCCUCUCUUCCUCUCCAUAUUUUCAUUCACAUCCAUUCCCUUUUCCACAUUCAAUUUCUUCAUCUUUCCCUCUCAAUUCCCUCUCGAUUCUCCCUGCAAAACAUGGCAUCCAUGGCUGCAGAUCUGUGCCGCAAAAUCCACCCCCACCCCGUCGACGAGUUCGACCGCCUCCCCGACUCCCUCAUCCUCCUCAUCUUCAACCAAAUCGGCGACGUCAAGGCGCUCGGCCGCUGCUGCGUCGUCUCGCGCCGCUUCCACUCGCUCGUCCCCCAAGUCGACAACGUCGUCGUCCGCGUCGACUGCGUCAUCUCCGACGACGAUUCCUCCUCCACCUCCCCUUCCUCCGCCGCCGCUGCCGACAAGUCGCGCCACCCGAUCUCCUCCAUCUUCCGCAUCUUCUUCUCCGGCCUCUUCAAGCCCCUCCAGUCGCUGUCGCAGCUCAUCAUCCCCUCGGCGCGCGGAUUCCCGCUGCCGGAGGAUUUCGACUGCGAAUCGGAGGAGAACACUGUGACUCACCAUUCUCCGACGCAGGUGCUGAAGAAUUUCAACGAAAUCAAGCAGCUCAGGAUCGAGCUCCCCACGGGCGAAUUAGGGAUUGACGAGGGGGUUUUGCUCAAAUGGAAGGCGGAAUUCGGCUCCACGCUCGAGAGCUGCGUGAUUCUCGGCGCGGAGAGCGUUUCGCAGAGCGGAAACAUCAGUGUGGGCGAUAACGGAGCGGAUAACGGCAAUGGUGGCACGCAGGAAUCGUUCUACACCAACGGGGGGCUGAGGCAGCGCGUUGUGUGGACCAUCAGCUCGCUGAUUGCGGCCUCCGCGAGGCAUUACCUUCUGCAGCCGAUAAUCGCGGAGCACAAAACGCUGGACGGUCUGGUUUUGACGGAUGCGGAUGAGCAGGGGGUUUUGGCGAUGAACAGGGAGCAGCUGGAGGAGCUGAGGGUGAGGCCUCUCUCGGCGUCGUCGGCCUCGAAGAGGACUCUUGUUCCGGCUCUGAAUAUGCGGCUGUGGUACGCCCCUCAGCUCGAGCUGCCUAACGGGGCGGUGCUGAAAGGGGCGACUCUGGUUGCGAUCAGGCCGAGCGAGCAGCCGAAGAAGGAGGCCGCCGCGGUGGGAUCAGAGGCGAAUUGGGUUGCAUCGGCGUUUGAGGAGCCGUUUGGGACUGCUGCCAGGAUGUUGGUGAAGAGGAGGAUUUACUGCCUCGAAAUGAACUCUUUCUGAUUGAGGAAACUUGAUUUAGGAUCAAGAUUGGAGAAACAGAUGCAUCAGGCAGAGGGCGAUAACAGAAGGUCCGACAAAUUUUUCCUGAGCAGAGCAAGCUGUAAGCCAAGUAAUACAGCUUCCGGUGACGACUUGCCUUGCGCGGACAGGCGAAGUCGGCCGAGGAAGAAGCUGCAGUUGAUGAUAGGCUGCAGCUUUCACUUUGAAUACUUAAAAGAGAGAGGGGGGUAGGUGCUAUGCUAUGCAACUGGAUUGUGUUGUAGGCUUAGACAUUUUGAUCAUCUAUCUAUCUGUCUGUGUUAGUUUUUAUAUAUGUAUAUGUGAAUAUUGUAGGUAUGACCAAAUUUAUGCUUAUCUGCUUUCCAUUUCUGAAA